AUGAAGGCCACUUUCUUUACACUGGUUUUUGGUCUCUCUAGUGCUGCACUGGCCCAGCAACAGUUCCGUUGUCGCUGUGCGGACGGAAACGACAACAACGUUCCUCGCAUCGGCGAUAUCUGUACAUCGAAGGGUGGUCAGCUUGAGCAGGGCCGAGACGAUCUCUGUAUCAAGAUACCCUCAAAGUUCACAAACGAGGACUGUGCCAAAGUACAACAAGGAUCAAGAGGGGAUUGCAUUGAUGAGCCUACUGGCGGGGGAAGUACUGUCGUCGUCACCGCAACUGCUGCCAAGCGUGCUUUGCAAACCCCAGACGUGUAG